AUGGGAACCCCUAGGAGGAGACCAGCUCAAAAUAACAAUUCCUAUAUACAGAAUUCGCCGAGUAUUUUUGGGACUAAUAAUGAGAUAUUUGGAAGCAAUUUUAUGCACACCCCAGUAUCUAGUAGGCGAACAAAGAAUAGCAAAAGCUUUUUAAAUAGUAUGCUAAAUGAAUCUAAAUAUUUGAAUCAAAGUAACACAGGCUCACAAUUUCUUAGAUAUGGUCACACACCCUUAGCAAUUAGAAGAAUAAAAUGUGCAAGAGCUGAUAUAGGAGAUGUAGGUAGAGAAGCAUUUAUGGAAGAUGUUGAAUCAGGGAGAUUACCUCAUUUUAUAGAUAGUAAUUUAGAACAGAUAAAAGAAUUGUUUAAUCAGUUUUUCGAUGAGUUCAAUAUAACAAACUAUAGUGAUGUAUUACAAUUUACAGAUGAAGACCGCAGUAUAACUGAGUACAUAUUAUUAAAUCGAGAUAACUUAAAAGUGUAUUUAGCAUAUUAUGGAUGGAAAAUGAUAAAAUUUAUUGAAACAGGUCGACAAAAUGAGUGUAAAUUAAAUAACUGUAAUGAUGAUGAAAAUGAUACUGAUGGGGUAAAAGCUUUAGAUCAUAUUAAAUCUUUCGAAGUUGAUUUAACACACAUAUAUUUCUUUAAUAAAAAAUUAUAUAAAUUAAUUAUUGAAUAUCCUUCAGAUUGUAUAAGUGAAAUAGAUAAAAUUAUAAGUGCAAAAUAUAAUUCUCUUAUGGCUCUUGUACUUGAGGGGGAAACAGAAUCUGGAUCCCCAGGUAUGCAAAAUGGAAAUAUAAAUGAUAUGAGCGGUAAUAUUAAUAAACAAGAUUAUUGUAGAGUUCGUUUUUUUAACAAAAGACAUAAGGAUACUCCUCGAAAAUUGGGACCAAAUCAAAUCGAAACUUUAGUUUGCAUAAAGGGAGUUAUUAUCAGAUGUUCCAAUAUUAUUCCUGAAAUGACUAUGGCUGCUUUUAAAUGUACAUCAAAAAAAAGAAUUGGAGUAAAUAAUUAUGAAAAAUGUAAUGAAGAAGUUUAUGAGCAUGUUAUACAAGGAGAAGUACAAGAACCAUUGACUUGUAAUAAUUGUAAUAAUAAAAAUACUUUCGAAUUAUGGCAUAAUAAUUGUUGUUUUUCAUCUAAGCAAUUAAUAAAAUUAAGUGAAGUUACAGAACAUUUAAAACAAGGAGAAACACCACAAUCUAUAUCUGUAUAUGCAUAUGAUGAUUUAAUAGAUUAUACUAAACCAGGUGAUAAUGUAGAAUUAACAGGUAUAUUAAAAGCAUCUCCUGUUCGUUUAAACCCUAGAUCAAGAUGUUACAAUAGUGUUCAUAGGACCUAUAUAAAUGUUGUACAUAUUAAAAAAGAAAACAAACAAAAAAUGAAAUUAACUGAACAAAAUAAUACCUCAUCUGUAAUAUUAAAUCGUAAUGAAGAUGGAACCGUAGAAGAUAAUUUAGAAAAAUUAAAUGAACAAGGAAAUAUAGCAUUUACUUCAGAAGUUGUGCAAAGAAUGGAAAAAUUAAGUAAAGAUCCAAAUAUUUAUCAAAGAUUAGUAGAUUCAAUAGCACCAUCAAUUUAUGGUCGAGAUGAUAUUAAAAAGGGUUUAUUAUGUCAAUUAUUUGGGGGAAGCAAAAUUACUGAUAAAUUUAAAAAUAAAUACAGAUCAGAAAUACAUAUAUUACUUUGUGGUGAUCCAUCAACUGCUAAAUCACAGCUAUUACAUUAUGUACAUAAACUAUCUCCUCGUGGAAUAUAUACAAGUGGUAAAGGUAGCAGUAGUGUAGGUUUAACAGCAUUUAUAUCAAAAGAUUCAGAAACAAAAGAAUAUAUUUUAGAAUCUGGUGCUGUUGUUUUAUCUGAUAAAGGAAUAUGUUGUAUUGACGAAUUUGAUAAAAUGGAUGAUUCAGCAAGAGCAAUUUUACAUGAAGUUAUGGAACAACAAACUGUUACAAUAGCCAAAGCAGGUAUUGUAGCUACACUAAAUGCCCGUACCUCAAUCUUAGCAUCUGCUAAUCCAAUUAAUAGUAGAUAUGAUAAAAACAAAGCUGUUGUUGAAAAUAUUAAUUUACCACCAUCUUUAUUUUCAAGAUUUGAUUUGAUAUAUCUUGUAAUUGAUCAAGCUAAUGAAAAUGAAGAUAAAAAAUUAGCUGCCGUACUUUGCAAAAAUUUUUCUUAUCAAGACGAAGAUGAGGAAGAAGAAGAGGAAGAUGAAGAAUCGGAUAACAACGAUGAGGAAUUUGGAGAAUUAAGUAUACGAAAAAAUUCAAAACACUAUCUAAUUGAUGCAAAUACGUUAGCUUUAUAUAUAGCAUAUUGUCGUAUAACAUGUAACCCAAUAAUUUCUUUAGAAAGUAAAAAAAUUAUUAUUGAUGAGUAUAUAAAAAUGAGAUGUAAAGAAGGAACCAAAUCACCUACAGCUAGCCCUCGACAAUUAGAAGGAUUAGUCAGAUUAAGCCAAAGUUUAGCAAAAAUGAAAUUAAAAAAUGUUGUAACACCUGAAGAAGCAAAUGAAGCAGUACGAUUAAUGAAUAUAGCUACCUUCCAAAGUUUAAUAGAUCCACUAAGUGGUAGAAUAGAUUUUGAUCAAGUCAAUUUGGGACAAACUUCUCAACAUAAAAAAAAAGCAGAUUUAAUCAAAGAUCUUAUAUUAAAUGCUCUUGUUUUAAAAAAUUUGUCUAAAGAUGAAUUGCUAAUACAUUGUCAGGAAGCUAUUAUGAAUGAUAGAACCCAAGGAGCAGCAUUGGACAGAAAGUCAUUUGAAGAAGCUUUUCAUGAUUUAGAAAAGUCACAAGAAAUUACACGAUUAUGUUCUGGAUUGUAUAAGAAAUAG